GUCUGUCCUGUCGGACAGAGCUGUGCUCAGAAAUGGUGUAGGAUAUCAGGAAAGAAAGGAGAGGCUGCAGCCGAGGAGAGAGGACGAGGUCUGUGUUGAAGGUGGAAGAGAGUGUAACGGAGCAGCAGUAGCCGUGGAUCUUGCUCAGCAGGACAAAGGGCUGCCAUGGAGAGGGAGCAGGGGUCAGUGAGCUCCAGCCCCAGCACUGCUGCCCCCAGCAACUCCAGCACCACCACCACCACCACCACCAGCAACAGCACCAGCAACAGCCAUGGCAACACCAGCGCCACCGCCACCAACAGGCCACAAACUCUCUCACAGAUAUCAGUGUAUGGCGGAAUCCCAGACAGACAGACGGUACAGGUGAUCCAGCAGGCUCUGCACAGGCAGCCCAGUACAGCAGCUCAGUACCUGCAGCAGAUGUAUGCAGCACAGCAGCAGCACCUCAUGCUGCAGACCGCAGCCCUCCAGCAGCAACACCUGAGCUUGGCCGCAGUGCAACAGGCCAGCAUUGUGGCAGGCAGACAGAACUGUAGUCAGAACGGCACGGCAUCUCAGCAGGCUGUAUCCUCCCAAACCACGAUUAAGCUGGCCAGCUCUCCUGCAGCAGCUGCCCAGCUGAUUAGCAGAGGUCAGGGAGUGACCUCCUCUCCGGUCAGCAUUAGCCAGCAGGCCAUUCUUCUGGGGAACUCCUCCACCCCCACCCUCACCGCCAGUCAAGCACAGAUGUACCUGCGCGCACAGAUGGCACAGCAAAAUAAUCUUGUGCAAGUAGCUAGGAGCCUAGGCCGUGCUGUUCCUUUGUCCCCCCAGCUCAUACUCACUCCAACCGCCACAGUCGCUGCCGUCCAGCCGGAGGUGUCCUCACAGUCGGUCAACCAGCAGACCACAAAUGCACAGAUGCAGGGCCUGGUGCUGCAUGGCCAGCAGGGGGCAGUGGUCUCCUCCUCCACUCAGCCUCAGCUGCAGGGUCUUGGUUUGAAGCCAAGCGCUGGAGGUGCAAAUCAGCUCACACUGCCCAGCCAACCAGGGCCACAGCUAAAGAGCUCCAGCCUCCCAGGACAACAGGGCCCCACAGCAGCAGGAGCAAAGGCCAGCCCCGCAGACGCUCCCUCAGAGCCAGGGAAGACGAAUGAGAGUGCCAAUGAUGUUGGCGCACGUAUGGUCAGUGUGAGCCACAAUAUGACCACAGUGACCAGCCAUCCCCUCAUUAACACUGCAUACACACAAAUCCAGACCCACCAGCUACUCCAGCAACACAAGCAGCAGUUUGUGAUCCAGCAACAGUCCCAGUUGUCUCAGAGAAGCCAAGCCCAGCUCUUACAGCCAGGCUCCAUCCAGCCCUGCCUUCAGCCCCAAGCCCAAACCGUGCAGACCGUGGCCAUACAGCCCGCCCUGGCAGGCCAGCACUGUGCAAUCUCUGUGCUGCCCAAAGCACCAGCUCCCUGCCAGCAGGCCACUGUCUUCCACUCCACUGUGACUCCUCAGGUGCUGGCCCACAACGGGCAGCCUCCCUUGCUGAACUCCGUCAAAGCCAAACAGGUGCAGAUAGCAACCGUCAGUCUCCAGUUUCAGCCGCCACCAGCCCAAACUGCUACGGCUGCGCAGGAUGAUGCUGAGGAUAAGAAUCCUCUUCCAGCAGCCACAGAAGACUGCCCUGUCCAAGGUGAACAACAGCUUCUGUCCUUACCCACACAAGAGCCAGCCAGGACAGAACAAUGCCAAUCUGACCACAGUCAGACAGAGCACUCAGAAGGCCCAGCUGCUGCACGGUGUGUGAAUGCUAAACCAGGUGUGGGCUUCCCUCCAGCCAUGACCUCGGGCAAUGGGAACAGUGCGCCCACUGUGACCGGCAGUACUCCUCAAAAUGGCGAGAGCAAAACACCCCAAGCAAUUGUUAAGCCCCAGAUACUCACUCAUGUCAUUGAGGGAUUCGUUAUCCAGGAGGGAGCAGAGCCUUUCCCUGUGGAACGACCAUCAUUGUUGAUUGAGAACCUUAAGAAGCAGAAACAGCAGCAGUUCUACUCAGACCUGGAGAAAAAGGCUCAUGACUCUCACACAGCAGACUCUGAGAUGGAAGAUCUAUCACAGCAAGAGUUAAAGAACCAGGAGGAGGAGCCGACACUCUCCUGCGAACUGUGUGGGAAAGUAGACUUUGCUUACAACUUCAAAAGAUCAAAGCGGUUUUGUUCUACAGUAUGUGCAAAGAGGUAUAAUGUGGGAUGCACAAAGCGGAUAGGUCUUUUUCCAAGACGGCCCACUCCUGAGAACCCCAAGAAACAAAAAGCCUCCAAUAACAGUCAGCACAGUACUAGCUCAGAGGCCAAAAAACAAAAUCACAGCACUCACACAGGCACAAUGGGGUCAGUGUCAUCCACACGCCUCUCCCACCUGAGUCAUGGAGAAUCCACCCAGUGCUCAGACAUGUCCAGUUAUGAAGAGCCUCCCUCGCCCCUGUCUGUGGCCAGCUCUGGAGCCCAGAGGCUACUACGCAGGGAGAGGGGGUCAGAGCAUGGAGAGAGCCACAACAGGGAGCUGCCUCUUCUCACGCAGCACUUCCUGCCCAGUGACCCUGCCAAAUGGAACGUGGAGGAUGUGUAUGAGUUUAUCUGCUCUCUGCCAGGCUGCCAGGAAAUAGCUGAAGAGUUCCGUGCUCAGGAGAUCGAUGGCCAGGCUUUGCUGCUACUGAAAGAAGACCAUCUCAUGAGCACCAUGAACAUCAAACUUGGGCCUGCACUGAAAAUCUUUGCCCGCAUCAGUAUGCUCAAAGACUCAUAGCUUCUCCCAUGGGCUGUAGCACAUCACCUGGAAAGGACUGGAAAUACCCAAACUGCACUGAUUUCACUUCAUAUCCCAUAAAGGCUAUGAAUCCAGAGGAUCCAGGGCUGCUUCUCAAAUAAUCCAAGAGAUUUGGCUUGUAUUCUUCUCACAGGCAUGUGGAUGGAAAUAUCCUUUGGCCUGGUUAGCCUUGCCAUGGCUCUAUGGAUGAACAGUCAGCUUGAAAUUGCUUGGAUAAAAUACAAGCACAAGUAGCUAGACAACUAAAUUAUGGCCACAAAUGGUUCUAAUCUUCACACCAGGAAGAUUUAAUAAGAUGCGUAGUUGCAACAGGUUUACAAUUCCUUUUGUUUUGGAACUGGAAUUAUUUUGCAUUUCACUGAUUUUUGUUUCAGUGUCAAGAUUUGUAGUUCAGGUGUUCAUCUCAGUGAAUUAAGUUCUUUUUUAUGAAAAAGGAACUUUAGCCUUGCAUAAAAUGUGCCCAACUUGUCUAUUAUGUGGUAGUAAACAAUGAACAAGAUAUUUUGAUGCAUGCAUCUGCAACUGCUUUUGUUCAUUGCUUAGAUACUGUCCUCUUAACGCCAGCCUGAUUUAUUAAAUACACAAAGGAUGGUGUGCAUCUGAAAAGUAAUUACAUUGUCAAUGUGCCUAACAUUCCCGUCUAUCCCAAAGAUCAGCCAGAAUUCCCAUAACUCAUUUCCGUUCAGUACCGUGGAGGAAUGUUUCAGAAUUCAAAAGGUAACUUUUUUUUUUUUUUACUCAAACCUACCAGAGUAUUAGAACAUACACCGUUCAAAACGAGGUCAGAAAAGUCUUUCAUGGUCUGAAGAUGAGACCAUCUAUUAUAUUUCUAAUAUGCCAACAUUCAUUCGUUUUCUGCAUUUUGUCCCUCUUACAUCCUAAAAACAACUGUGACCUAAACUCAAAUUCUUAGUAAAUGCCGUAAAACAUGUUCCACUAUUGUAAUUUACAUUCAACAGUCGAUCAAAUGUCUAUUUAUUGAGAGAAAGUUUCUGAUAUUGGUUUUGUAUUUGGAAGAAAUAAAACUUUGUCAAAAUGUCAAA